UUUGCUUGCAUUUACCAUGGAGAAACAAUCAACAACCGUCAAUAGUGAGUAAAUGCGGAAACAGUGUUGUGUUGAUAUAUGUAGUUAUAUUAGUUUAUUUCAAAUUGUUUGUCUUUCUUUUAUAGUGCCUGGUGAUAAAAAAUGCAGCUCGAGUUUGGUGUAUUACUUCCUAUCUUUACAAGGAUUAGCGGCUUCCGUAUAUUAUGCCGCAGAGGAGAUUGAGGUGUUAGAGGGUCAAUCCAGACCUGGUCGUCCUCGCAAAGGUGUAAUCAAGGACAUUACCAUCAGUCCAAAAGUCCGACAGCGGCACAUCCAAGGGCUAAAACGUGAAUUGAAGGAAAAUUCUGGACAGAUGACGGCCAUGCUCAAUUCUUUAUUUCGUCCGGGUCGUCCUGUUGGAUGUUUUUGUGGAGAAUGUCAGGUUUCUCCAAUAAAUAAGCCCAGGGUUUCAUCGGAAAAUCUAUCGUCAGAGAUUAUUGAGGUUCCGGUACAAACCCAAUCAAGGGUUUGGCCUCGGACCAUGGUGUGGAUUAAUGAAGGUUCAUCAUCAGGGCUUGUUGAACCGCAACCUGGACCUUCUUCGAGGCCAGACCCCUUGGCCAUUGGAGAGCCUGCUCCUAAACUAUGGAGGCCGUUUGACGAUUCAAUUCAAGAGCCUAGACCUGGUCCUUCUAGGGAGAAUUCCCUAAUUAAUUCGGAGGAGCAUAAUCCUGGUCCUGUAUGGUGUUUAAAGCCAAAUGCAGAAGAAAAUGAAGAAUCGGUGCCAAUAACAUUAUGCGUGUGUGGAGAAUGCUCUCCAUAA